CGAAACGCCGCCCCGCCCCCUCCUGGUUCUCUCGCGCCGCAACUGUUGGCCUGUUGUAACGGUCCCUCUUGUCCCGCGCUGUGGUGUUUGACCUGUGACCCCGGAGCUCGGCGAGAUGGCGGUGCAACCUCGGGACAGGUUGUCCGGAGCGGACAGCGGGCAGGAUGGUGGUGCCUUCGUUGCCUUCUACAAGUCUAUGCCCGAGAAACCGGACACCACUUUUCGUGUCUUUGACCGUAAUGACUACUACACGGUGCAUGGGAAGGACGCGAUGUUCGCAGCCAGGGAGGUGUUCAAAACCAACGGAGUGAUCAAGACUCUGGGAUCGGGUGGGUUCUGGGGCCGAGAGGGAUGCAAGUCCAGAAAAUCAUCCUACAUUUUUGUAAUUAAACUCAUGUGGGCCGUGUCCUCGGUCGCUACAUUGAAUCUGGAGGAUAAUGACAACGCAAGCGAGUAUAAUUACUGUCGAGUAAAAAAACUAAUUGUUCCUCUUAUUUUUCCCUCUGUACAGGCUUCUCCUGGUAACCUCACUCAGUUUGAAGAGGUACUUUUUGGCAACAGCGAUAUGUCUGCUGCAGCUGCCGUAGUGGGUGUUAAACUGGGCAUGGCAGAUGGGCAGAGGUUAGUUGGUGUUGGCUACGUUGACUCCACACUGCGGAAGCUUGGUGUGUGUGAGUUCCCAGACAAUGAUCAGUUUUCCAAUCUGGAGGCUCUGUUGGUGCAGAUUGGGCCAAAGGAAUGUGUUUUAUCAGGUGGCGAGACGGCAGGAGAUGGCACUAAACUUCGACAGAUUGUACAACGAGGAGGCGUCUUGAUAACGGAUAGAAAGAAAAGUGAGUUUACAAAUAAGGAUAUUGUACAAGAUCUAAACCGCCUGCUGAAAGGGAAGAAAGGAGAACAAGUGUCAAGUGCUGCUUUGCCAGAGAUGGAAAAACAAGUCGCCAUGUCUUCUGUUUCUGCUGUGAUCAAAUAUUUGGAGCUUUUGUCUGAUAAAACUAACUUUGGCCAAUAUGAGUUGAUUACAUUUGACCUGAGCCAGUAUAUGAGGCUGGAUAAUGCUGCAGUCAGUGCACUUAAUCUUUUUCAGGGUGCAUCAGAAGAUCCCAGUAAUACACAGUCAUUGGCUGGUUUACUGAACAAAUGUAAGACCCCUCAGGGACAGCGUCUCGUCAAUCAGUGGAUCAAACAACCACUGAUGGACAAGAAUAGGAUUGAGGAGAGAUUGAACCUGGUGGAAGCUUUUGUGGAUGACACUGAGUUACGGCAGAACUUACAGGAGGAUUUGCUUCGGCGCUUUCCUGACCUUAACCGUCUGGCGAAGAAGUUCCAGCGUCAGGCAGCAACUCUACAGGACUGCUAUCGGAUUUAUCAGGCUGUCAUUCACCUCCCAAAUAUGGUGCAGGUGUUGGAUAGAUAUGAAGGUGUACACAAGAUGUUAUUGAAAGAUGUGUUUAUCUCCCCAUUGACUGACCUUAUCUCUGAUUUUGGCAAGUUUCAGGAAUUGAUUGAGACGACAUUAGACCUGAACCAAGUGGAAAACCAUGAGUUCCUAGUGAAGCCAUCGUUUGACCCAAAUCUAACUGAACUCAGAGAGAAGAUGGAUAAUUUGGAGAAAGAUAUGCAGUCAACACUCAACCAAGCUGCAAGGGAGCUAGGUCUUGAAGCUGGCAAGACUGUGAAACUGGAGUCGAAUGCUCAGUUGGGUUAUUAUUUCCGUGUCACUUGCAAGGAGGAAAAGGCUCUUCGUAACAAUAAGAAAUUUAACACCAUAGAUAUCCAGAAGAACGGAGUCCGAUUCACUAACAGUAAAUUGACAUCAUACAAUGAGGAUUAUAUGAAGAGUAGAGAGGAGUAUGAAGAAGCUCAGAAUGUGAUUGUUAAAGAAAUCAUCAAUAUCUCAGCAGGAUAUGUGGAACCUCAGCAAACUUUAAAUGAUGUGAUUGCUCAACUGGAUGCAGUGGUCAGUUUUGCCCAUGUAUCUAAUGGAGCGCCAGUGCCGUACGUAAGACCUAAGAUCUUUGAGAAGGGCCACGGUCGAAUUACCUUGAAGGCUUCCAGGCAUCCAUGCAUUGAGGUUCAGGAUGAUAUGGCCUUCAUACCCAAUGAUGUUACCUUUGAGAAGGAUAAGCAGAUGUUCCAUAUAAUAACAGGUCCAAACAUGGGUGGUAAAUCAACAUAUAUCCGACAGACUGGUGUGGUGGUUCUGAUGGCUCAGAUUGGUUGUUUUGUGCCCUGUGACUCUGCAGAAAUCAGUAUUGUUGAUUGCAUCCUUGCUCGAGUUGGUGCUGGAGACAGUCAGCUGAAAGGUGUUUCAACCUUCAUGGCGGAAAUGUUGGAGACAGCAUCUAUUUUGAGAUCAGCAACUGAACAGUCUCUGAUUAUUAUUGAUGAAUUGGGAAGAGGCACCUCUACAUAUGAUGGCUUUGGACUGGCCUGGGCUAUAUCAGAAUACAUUGCUACUAAGAUUUGUGCAUUUUGUAUGUUUGCCACUCAUUUCCAUGAGUUGACUGCCCUAGCUGACCAAGUACCAACAGUCAACAACUUGCACGUGACGGCGCUCACCACAGAUGAAACACUAACUAUGCUGUACCGUGUAAAGAAAGGUGUUUGUGACCAGAGUUUUGGUAUUCAUGUAGCUGAGCUUGCUCAGUUUCCCAAACAUGUUAUUCAAAGUGCCAAGGACAAAGCCAUGGAGCUUGAGGAGUUCCAAAACAUUGGGAAUUCUGGGGAUUCUGAUGAAGGGCCUGCAGCUAAGAAAUCCCGUCAAGAAAAGCAGGAUGGUGAAAGGAUCAUUGCAGAAUUUUUGUCAAAUAUCAAAGCUUUACCGAUUACUAAAAUGUCUGAAGAAGACGUUAAGCAAGAGCUGAUGAAGCUGAAGUCUGAAGUGCUGGCACAGAAUAACAGUUUUAUCAAUGAAAUUAUUUCACGAUCUACAAUCUCCCUAUAAACUCAGAUUUAAGUUAACUUCAUAAAAUAUUCAGGUAUACAGUUUUAAAUGUAGUGAGAAGGAAGUUUUGCGAUUGGGCUGGGAGGACGGUCAAUAGAUCAAAAGGUUUGAAAUUUGUGGCGAGUCAUGGAAAAGGUGGUUUUAAAAAAAUGCAGAACUUGCCCUCCAUGAACACUGUUACUGCAUCUCUAUGUAAGCCUGACUUAAUAAAUUGUAAUAAAGUGUUUUAGAUUCUGA